CUUCUCUUCCCUCUCUCUCUCUCUCUCUCUCCCUCAACGUCUUGACAUCCGACAACCCCAAUCAUGGCAGACAUCAAAGCCGCCGCGCAUCCGGCCGUUGCCCACGAUGCCGCCGAUCUCGAGAAGACCGGCCUCACCUCCGACCAGGCCGACGCCCAGCUCGCCGCCGAGUUUGGAUACAAGCCCGUCUUCAAGCGCGAGUUCGGGUACCUGUCGACCUUUUCGUUCGCCGUCAGUAUCAGUGGCCUGUUCUCCACCGUCAUGACCACCCUGUCCUACCCGCUCGAGGCGGGCGGGAGCAGCGCGGUCGUCUGGUGUUGGUUGAUCUCCGGGUUCGGGUGCAUGUGCAUUGCGUGUUCCGUCGCGGAACUGGUGUCUGCGUACCCAACUUCGGGUGGUUUGUACUUCACCGUCUCGAGACUGGCGCCCCAGAAAUGGGUCCCUUCCAUCAGCUGGGUGACGGGGUGGUUGAAUCUGCUCGGGCAGAUCUGCGGUGUUGCAUCCUCUGAAUACGGCGCCGCGCAGAUGCUGCUGGCCAUCGUCUCCAUGUGCCGCGGCUUCGACUAUGAGAUCACCACCGGCACGACUGUCGGCGUCAUGGCGGCGCUGACCGUCUUGACCGGCCUGGUGAACUCGCUGUCCACCUACUGGAUGGAGAAGAUGACCAAGUUCUACGUGAUCUUCCACGUCGCGAUCCUCCUCUCCUGCUCCAUCGCCCUGCUGGUCUUGACGGACGACAAGCACGACGCCUCGUACGUCUUCACCCACGUCGAGUCGACCACCGGCUGGAAGCCCAUCGGCUUCAGCUUCCUGUUCGGCUUCCUCUCCGUCAGCUGGACCAUGACCGACUACGACGCCACCGCCCACAUCACCGAGGAGAUCAGCAACCCCGAGGUCAAGGCGCCCUGGGCCAUCUCGCUGGCGAUGCUGUUCACCUACGUGGCGGGCUUCCUGUUCAACAUCGUGCUGUGCUUCUGCAUGGGCGACCCCAAGGCCAUCCUCAGCUCGUCCAUGGACCAGCCCGUGGCCCAGAUCUUCUACAACAGCCUGGGCAAGGGCGGCGGCAUCUUCUUCACCGUGUCGGCCCUGAUCAUCAUCAAGUUCGUGUGCUUCACGGCCAUGCAGGCCCUCGGCCGCACGGUGUUCGCCUUCUCGCGUGACCAGAUGCUGCCCUUCUCCAACGUCUGGAGCAAGGUGUCGUCCAGCUCCGGCACCCCGCUGUACGCCGUGUGGAUCUCCGUCUUCUUCUGCAUCGCCAUCAACCUGAUCGCCCUGGGUUCGUACACCGCCGUCGACGCCGUCUUCACCCUGUGCUCCAUCUGCAUGGACUGCAGCUACUGCAUCCCGGUCGUCUGCAAGCUGGUCUUCGGGAAGUUCAAGCCCGGACCGUGGCACAUGGGCGGCGCCCUGGGCACUGCCGUGAACGUCUGGGCCUGCCUGUGGACGCUGUUCGUCAGUGUGAUCUUCGUGCUCCCCACCGAGCGACCAGUGACACCCGACAACAUGAACUACUCCUCCGUGUUCCUGGCCGCCGUUCUGCUCUUCUCGCUCGUCUACUGGUACAUCCAGGGCAAGACGAUGUACACUGGCCCCGUGUCCGAAGCUGUCGUAGCAGACAACUAUUCCGAGAGCAACACCAACCCCAACGACUACAAGGCGGACAAGGACGCCCGCGACGCCUAAUCCAUCCCCUCUAUCAGUUCGAUAUGCGACAAGCCCGAGCCAGACCGCGCCCUGCCCAGCCCAGCAAAGCAACUUCGUAUACCCAACCCGAACCCUUGCAACAAGCCCAGGCCCGCCACCGUCCCGCGAUCCGACCGACCCGUGCAGCAAACAUCUUCCCGUAUCACCGCAGCAUCCACCCCUUGGAUCCGCGCAUUAGAUACGCAGCGUCCCCAGCGCCAUAUCCAUCCAUCCAUUCCAACCUAUCGCCAAGCCCUAUUCUAUCUUCGUCAGUCCCGGAGCCCUUCAGCAGCCAGCCCAUCUAUCCGAUUGAUCCCGUUGUUGUUUCUUCCCUAGCGACUCGAUAUGACCCACGCGAUUCCAUCACCCAAAACAAAAUCCAUCCUUAAUGAC